AUGUCGGUGUUUAUCUCGAUAUUCCGCCAACAGCCUGGGUGGGGCAUCAGUUAUAAGACGAACCUUUAUCUUUCAGUUGCUGAAUCUUUCUUUUCUACUAUAUUCAUUUGGAUCCCUCUUUUCUGUUACUUUCAUUCAGAUCCAUAUUUUCUAUCAUUUUCAUUCGGAUCCAUAUUUUCAGUCAUUUCCAUUCAGAUCACUAUUUUUAAUAAUUUUCGUUCGGAUCUCUAUUUUCUAUCAUUUUCAUUCAAAUCUCUAUUUUCCUUCAUUUUGAAUCAGAUCGCUUUUUUCUAUCAUUUUCAUUCAAAUCUCUCUUUUCUAUCAUUUUCAUUUAGAUCCCUAUUUUCUACUAUAUUCAUUUGGACCCUUCUUUUCUGUUACUUUCAUUCAGAUCCAUAUUUUCUAUCAUUUUCAUUCGGAUCUCUAUUUUCUAUCAUUUUCAUUCUUAUCCAUAUUUUCUAUCAUAUUCAUUCGAAUUCCUAUUUUCAUUCAAAUCUCUCUUUUCUAUCAUUUUCAUUCAGAUCUCUAUCUAGAGAAUGUCUGCCCGUGUUUAUAUAUUUUUAUUUAUCUGCCAUCCAUUUUUUUCUCUUUGUUCUAUCUAUCUAUCUAUCUAUCUAUCUAUCUAUCUAUCUAUCUAUCUAUUCUAGUCUGUUCAUAGCUAUCUAUCCCUGUCUGUUCAUCUCUCUCUCUUUCUCUCUAUCUAUCCCAGUCUGUUCAUAUCUAUCUAUCUAUCUAUCUAUCUAUCUAUCUAUCUCAUUCUGUUCAUAUCUAUCUAUCUAUCUAUCUAUCUAUCUAUAUCUAUCUAUCUAUCUAUCUAUCUAUCUAUUCAAUUCUGUUCAUAUCUAUCUAUUUAUCUAUUCAAUUCUGUUCAUAUCUAUCUAUCUAUUUAGAGAGAGAGAGAGAUCUAGAGAGAGAGAUAAAGGAACAAGGAUAUAG